UCCACUGGAGCUCUAACAGUAAAUAUUUGUGUUUGCUUAGCCGGCUGUAAUGGUGGACUACUGAAAGGUGCAACAGAGAAACCGAAGGAUUGAGCCGCCGAAAGAAAGCAGUCGAAGUAGACGCCGUCGCCCUCCUUUGUCGGUGAAGAUGGACGAGUUAAAGCACCAGGUGAUGAUCAACCAGUUUGUGUUGACGGCGGGCUGCGCUGCGGACCAGGCAAAGCAGCUUCUUCAAGCGGCUCAUUGGCAGUUUGAGACCGCACUCAGUGCAUUUUUUCAAGAAACGAACAUCCCGUACGCCCACCAUCAUCAAAUGAUGUGCACUCCAGCAAACACGCCAGCGACACCUCCAAAUUUCCCUGACGCCCUCACCAUGUUUUCGCGGCUCAAGGCAUCGGAGAGCUUCAACAGCAGCAGUCCCAUCGCCUCCAUGGCUGCCUCACCUCCCCCUCAGGCUGUUUGGGCUGCAAACCCCCCCAACUCUAACCAGCAGCAAGGACUAUGGACUCCCGGGCAGCCCCCAUCACAGGUACCCCCACCUGGCUGGCCGGCAACAGUCACCCCUCAGUCUGCCUCGGAACAGAAGGCCAAUGUCGCCAUGGAGGCGGAGAGAUGAGGCAACCCCCCCCAUGGACCCCCAGAAGUGAUGGGGAUGGGGGGUGGGAUUGGGGGGGGUUGUCAGUGGGUGUAGUGGGAGGGGGUAGUUGCAGGGGAGCCUUCACUUCACUAAGCAUUAGAGGAAACGGUCGGGGGACCCAAGAACUAAACAAUGUGGACAAAAUGACUAGUAUUCACAAAAAUAGAUCUUUUUUUUAAUUUCCCCCCCUGCCCCCCUUCCAGAUAGUGGUGUGGGGGGGGGGGCGAAGAAAAAAAAAUAUUGCCAUGGUUCAGCCCAGAAACACUUGCUGUGAAUGUGGAUGUGAUUGGGGGCCCAUCUGUUUGGUUUUUUUUUUUUUUCUUUUUUUUUGGGUUUGAUUUAUUUUAUUUUAUUUUAUUUUAUUUUUUUUUUUUGCCGCUUUCCGGAGAUGGGAUGGUGGGCUGCUUAUCUUUGAUCCAGCCGUGCUGAAGGACUUUGGUACAAGGAUGUGCAUGAAGAAUGACGGCCCUCAAACGCACCUUUUGAUGUAAAACUUUUUUACAUUUCUAAAUUGCCAUUCUGGACAUUGGGAUUAAAGCCACCAGCUGAAUCUCCUCAACCAAUCACUGAAGACGAAGAAGGCGG